GCCCAUUCACACCAACGCAGUGCGUUGCGUUAUAUUUUGACGCAGAUGCAACGCAAUGCGCUGAACUUGUUCACACUGCGUUGCGUUGACGCAUGUCAAAAGGUCAUAUUCCGGGUGCCCGUAUUUUGGAUCAGGAACUUGAUAGGCAUUGUGUUUAAGAGCAGAGUAGGUAAGACAGCUGUUGUUUGGAUAUAAAUUUGAGACGUUUUGGCGAUUGUAUAAUGCCGUUGUAUAUCAAUGAUAGUUAUUAUUUUCAAAACAAUGAAAAAUGUACAAUGAUUUUUAUACAGAUUGAUUAGAUAUCGGUAUGGCAGGUAUGGACUUAGAACAUCUCAUAGUUGAGGUCAGAAAAAGGAAGUGUCUUUACGCUGUAAAAGAAGCAGCCUACAGGGAUACAAUUAAAAAGGGAAAGGCGUGGGAAGAGGUCGCAGAGGCGUUGGGAAGAAGUGUGACAGAUUGUAAGACCAGAUGGAGAUCUACAAAGGAUAGGUAUAGGAAAGAGAAAAGAAGGGAAUCAGAGGCUACGAGGAGUGGGGCAGCAGCAGGGGGAUAUAGAGCAUGGAAGUUCAUGGAGGUGCUAAAGUUCCUAGACGAGCACGUCGACUUUCGAACAACGUCUUCAAAUAUUGACGAGGAUGUCACUCUUGUGGUGCUCCAAGAUGGAAAUAAUGUCCAAAUGAGUGGUGAAGCUGACAACUUACCUAAUAUGAACACCAGUUGCACUACAUCAGCAUCUGAUAAAGAUUGCACUUACAAAAGCGACUGA